UGACUUGGGGGCGGGGCCGGGUUGUGCGUCACUUCCGCUGUCAGGUGGCUGAGAGGAGGCCGCGCCGAGCGGCCGCUCCGGCCCCGGGGCCAUGGAGCCCUCGACCUUCCAAGCAGCCAGGCUUCUCCGAGCUGAGGACUCCUGUCUCCUGAGACGCUGGAAAACAUAGUUUGGGAGAAGAGUGAAGAUACAGUUGAUGCUGAACUACAGCCAAGGAUGAAGCGGCGAGCAUCAGACAGAGGAGCUGGGGAAACAUCCGCUAAGGCAAAAGCUCUUUGUACAGGGAUCUCUGGAAAUAAUGCCAAGAGAGCAGGACCUUUCAUACUGGGUCCACGUUUAGGUAACUCCCCUGUGCCAAGUAUUGUUCAGUGUUUGGCAAGGAAGGAUGGGACAGAUGACUUUUAUCAGCUAAAGAUUCUCACCUUAGAAGAAAGGGGAGAUAAAGGAAUAGAAACACAGGAAGAACGACAGGGCAAGAUGCUGCUGCACACGGAAUAUUCUCUCCUUUCCCUGCUCCACAAUCAGGAAGGAGUGGUUCAUCACCAUGGGCUCUUCCAGGACCGAGCUUGCGAAAUUAUAGAGGAUCUAGAAGCCAACAGAAUGGUCAGAAAAAUGAAGAAGCGCAUUUGCCUGGUGUUAGACUGUCUCUGUGCUCACGAUUUCAGUGACAAAACAGCAGAUCUGAUCAAUCUGCAGCAUUAUGUCAUUAAGGAGAAGAGGCUCAGUGAGCGAGAGACUGUUGUGAUCUUUUAUGAUGUGGUACGAGUGGUGGAAGCAUUACAUAAGAAAAAUAUCGUGCACAGAGACUUGAAACUAGGAAACAUGGUGCUAAACAAAAGGACUCAUCGGAUAACCAUAACAAACUUCUGCCUGGGGAAGCACCUCGUGAGUGAGGAUGACCUUCUGAAGGACCAGCGGGGGAGCCCUGCCUACAUCAGCCCCGAUGUGCUCAGUGGUCGGCCGUACCGGGGCAAACCCAGCGACAUGUGGGCGCUGGGCGUCGUGCUCUUCACCAUGCUCUAUGGCCAGUUCCCCUUCUAUGACAGCAUACCUCAGGAGCUCUUCCGCAAAAUCAAGGCUGCCGAGUACACCAUCCCUGAGGAUGGUCGGGUCUCAGAGAACACUGUGUGUUUGAUCCGAAAACUGCUCGUUUUGGAUCCGCAGCAGCGCCUGACGGCUUCUGAAGUGCUGGAUUCUCUCAGCUCCAUCAUCGCAUCCUGGCAGUCCAUGUCGUCUCUGAGCGGCCCUUUGCAGGUGGUGCCGGACAUUGAUGACCAGGUGGCCAACCCUGAACACCCACAGGAGGCAAAGGUGACGGAGGAGUGCUCACAGUACGAGUUUGAGAACUACAUGAGGCAGCAGCUGCUGCUGGCCGAGGAGAAAAACACAUUGCACGAGGCCAAGAGCUUCCUGCAGAAGAGGCAGUUUGGGAACAUCCCCCCUGUUCGCCGCCUGGGCCACGAUGCUCAGCCCAUGAACCCUCUGGACGCGGCCAUCCUGGCCCAGCGCUACCUGAGGAAAUAACUUCCACACCUCUGGGUAGGAGCAGAGCACGCCCUGCAGCCCACAGCACAGCCCAGCAGCAAUACAGGCUGUCCCACAGCAGAGAAAUCAUGUAGCAGUUCUGAGCUCUGCUCUGGGAUACGCAGCAGAGGGAGAAGAGACUUUUCACAAAGCUCCUUUUGGAAGCGACGGCCUCAACGGUGUCUCCUGGAAUCUGUUUUUAAAGCGAAGCCUGGGUGACUCAUCUGCUUCUCAUCACGACUGUAAUCUACCUCUCUUGUCUUUUUAACCGUGCUGUUCUCUGGACCGAGCGAAGCCCUUUGAGGGGGGGGGAGUAAAGGAGUCUCCCUCCCAGGGUGAAGCGCUGGCUUUGUUGGCACGAGAGUAUGGCUGUGUAGCAUGGAGAGUCGGCCGAUCGCAUUCGCUCCAUAUGGUUUGAAUAAGCUUCGAUUUUGAUCCGGGUUUCUUGAAAGUCAGAAUUUCCUGAAGCCUCCCCCUCAACCUCCCCCCCCCUCAACCUUCAAUCUAUCCUUACUGUGCCCCCCUACCUGCCAUGCUGUGGCUGCACUGCCCUGGCUUGGCCCAGCUUCCAUCACCAGCUGUUGGCACAGGGAUGGAGCUGUCCCUGCAGCCUAUGGCUGUGCAGACCCCCCCCUUAUGGCUGUGGUUGCUGAGGGGGCUCCCCCCCUUUUCCCCCCCCCAACCCUUUUAGUUUGGUUAAGAUCACACGUUUUUAAUCUUUUCCUUUAUUCUGGUGUAGCUUAUCCCAGGUGCGGUUCAAGUUGCAUUAAUUCUCACCAAGCGUUUUUUUCACACUUCAGUUGUGGUACAGAUCUAAUAGAUGGGUUAUAAUGUGAACGAGCUGCCCCCCUUCCCCCCCAUCAUCCCCAUCAUCCACCUGAGCUCCGUGCUGCAGUGGGGAUGAGCAGCAGCUCAGCUGUAGCAUUGCCUUCUCUUGCCCCUCAUGGUGGGGCUGCUCCCCUGGCCGCAGCCCCCAGCUGAGCCAGUAGCUUCGAGCCCUCGCCUUAUUUAUUGAGCUGACAGGUCUGUCCCCUGCCCUGACACCCCCCUUUAUCCCAACCCCCUUUAUUCCUCCCCAUCUCUUUUCCCUUAUCCCAAAGUCAAAGCAAUACUCUGGGGCCUGCAGUGCGCUGUGAUAUGGAGUUGCAGUGAACUGGAACCAGGGGGGGAUGGGGGGUAACAAGUGGGGUGUUGGGGGGGGGGGAAGGGGGGGAAGGAUCUUAUUGUAAGGAAAAGGAGGAAAAUAAGAGAAACCAAACCAACCAAAACCCAUUUGUAUAAAGAUGUUAUUUUUGUACUGCAUCCAAACCUCCUGCAUGUCGGCAAUAAAAGUUGGUACGGAGA